AACCCAGCUGUAUCUCAGGUUAUUGUUUACUUGUGAGAAAAACAUGGACAGUGAAAGUGAAGUGAAGCAGUGUUGGACUGAGCCUGAAGGCAAAACUCUUAGUUUGUUUUUCUACCUACCAAUCUCACCUGUUGUCAUGAUGUAAGAUUUUGGAUAUAAGUGGCCAAUAAAAGCUCCCCCUGAGGGUCAAGGGAUACCAGGCUUUGCAGGCUUCCCUUUGCAGGCAGAAGAUUAUGUUCUUUUUGAUGAUCUUGUUGGUUAUGAUGACGAAAUGAUUGUGCCUGACAAAACAACUAAUGUUCCUCUUUCCCACAGGUUUCUGCUAAAAACUGAGAAUCUGUCUCUUCCACUCUGCUUUGAUGUCACUGGAGAUGUUCGCCUUAAACUACUUCACCAUCCCAACAGGGAGCUGUCUGUGAAUGGUGAGCUUGAUACAGUAACGAAUGGAGGCUUCAGAAGGAUUGUCAUUCACUUCAAGACUGACCUUUAUGUUGAGGUUGACAAUGACAAUGUCAUCACUGUACGAGAGGGACAGACACUGACACGCCACACUGGACAGGCUCUCAUCACAGCUGGAAGUUUGACAGUGAUUAGGCGGAACAAGGAAAUAGAUGUUGCAGCUGGAGACACAUGCAUGGUCAUCUAUAUUCAUGAGAAGGAUGGCGUGGAAUUCCUCUGGCCAGUUUUGAGACAGCAGCCACUGGACAACAACGUUACAGGAAUUAUAACUCUAAAGCCAGCAGUGUAUGAGGAGGUGCAACAAACUCCCUCAACAAAACUUAAGAUCAAAGACCAGGAGAUUGACGUUACCAGGGUCAAUGCUGUUGACUACAGUAUAGUCUCUCCACCGACACUGGACUGCUGGCUCACGUCUGCGGAGUCUGUCCUGCAGAGACGCCUGGAUGAUUUCAUCGUUACUCAACUUUAACUGGGAAUUAUGUUGAAUCACUUGCAAAGAUUUAAUUUUAAAGAAAGAAAGGCAAACACUGAUUCAUCUUGGAAAAAACUUUCCACUUAUUACUAACAAACAAAUAAAUAGUAUCCCCAAUC